AUGACUCGGACAGGAAAGAAUGAAGGAGUGAAAGAAAGGAUCGAGGCUGAAAGGAGCUUUGUCAUGGAUCAUGAUAGAAACUACCUCGAAACUCGUGCCCAUAAGAGACUAUUCUUCAAGUCAGAAGACAAAUAUAGAGAGACGCUAUAUCCUCUAGCUCUUCCUCUUGGACCCUUUUCUGGUCUUUUUAGAGGCAUCGAGUAUCGAGAUAAGGAGGGGUCAAUCUUGCCCCAAAGUGUCCCUCAGGGUUCUCACGUUUCAGUAUCGCGCACCAUUGGACAACCAGGUCUCUUCGUUGACCGCCAGCUUACGAAUGUUCACGCCUUUGCUUGA